AUGAGGGGACAGCUCUUGAAGUCACUCUUCUCUCUGGUGAUCACCCUCCUGUGUUUGGGGAGCCUGCUGACCACACUCAUCUGGUAUAUGUUCGACAGCAAGUAAGUGUGUGAACACACACACACACACACACACACACACACACACACACACACACACACACACACACACACACACACACACACACACAGAAACAGAGAGAGAGACAGAGAGAGAGAGUACAAACACACAUUGGUGGUGCCUGGUAGACUUUGACCAAAGUGCUGAUUUAGCAGUUUAUCCAUUUUCUUUUUUUUUUUCUUACUAAAAUAGAUUCAGAAAAAGCAGCUGUCUGCGUGAUUUUACAAAAUAGUACCUAAGGCAGAGAAAAUAUAUCUGGGAAAGGAUAUUGUUCAGACUUCAGACUCAUUUUAUGAGUGAAACGGAUGUCAUGUCUUUUAGCACAGUCAUUCAAAGUGAUGUCAGAAAAGUUUGACAGCAGCAGCCACAGUUGGUAAGGAUAUGGGUUAUGUUGUUCAACAGAUGCUUACGACUUCUUAUGAAGCAUUACAGGUCUUGAACUUGACCGUAACUCAACUUUUUAAAGCUCUUCCUGUAGAAACAGAAGUUGAUGACAGCUGUAAAAGCAACAUGCCGCAGACCGCAGACAUUUGAACACACUGACACAAACAGACAGACAGAUGUCUGCAGAUGACAUGUAGCUACGUAGCAAAGGUCUAUACCUGUGAGUUUGUACACUGGUUGUUCAUUCAUGGUGCAUGAAGCUGACAUUUUCACUGCCCUCCACUGCAGAUACUGUAGAUUAGGUGAACAAUGAGUACAGAAGUUUGCAAUGAUUGCUGCAUGUGCGUCAUUGAUGUCAGUUUUAUUAGGAAUCUACUUGUUGGACUUAUUUCAGGGUUUUGUGUGCAACACAUACAGUCGUGGAAAAUUUUUUAGACCACUCUUGUUUCCUGGAAUCUCUUGUUCAUUUUAAUGCCUGAUACAACUAAAAGUGCAUUUGUUUGAACAAAUAUAAUGAUAACAACAAAAAUAGCUCAUAAGAGUUUAAUUUAAGAGCUGAUAUUUAGCCAUUUUCCAUGGUUUUCUUGAUAAUAGCCAAAAUCACAUGAGUUCUUACAUCAAUAGCUGUGACAUUGUUCUGGCAAAAAAAUCAUUUAGGCAAUCCAUGUUUUCUCCUCUGUCUGUUGGUCACAUGAUAUACACAGGAGCUAGUACUUGAUUGGAUAACCAUUGUUUUAGUGCGAUGGCUUGAAUGUAAGGGGUAAACGAAUCCAGGCCUUUGCAUGUGCAGUGCUGCUAAUGACAUGAAAUGGCCUUUUAUAAACCCUUGGAAUACAAUUAAGCUUAAGCGUGUCAAGUAGGACAUGAAAUAUUAUGGAAUCAGCUGCAUUUUUAGUUACAUUCAUCGUAUUCUUUAGGUAAUAUAACUUUAGUGGUAUCAGGCAUUAAAAUAAAGAACAAAUUUAAGAAAACAAGGGUGGUCUUAUAAUUUUUAUAUGACUGUUUACCUGAUAAUGGCCAAUAAAGCACAUUAAAGCAGGAUUUUGCACUUCACAUGGCUGUAAAAAACAUGACACAAAGCAGAUAACUUUCCAGUCUCUUAGACUGAAGGGUGUAGGACUUGGGGGUUAUCUUUGUGCAUCUUUGUGAGGAGGGUCCAUCAACAAAGUUACUAAAAGUAGCUGUAAAUUCAGGGAGUGGUUCUGACAAGUAUCUAAAUAUAGGGUCCAGAGUUUUGUGCUACACCCCUGAUUAGAUUAUCUGCUCGGCCAUUGCCUCUGCUUUUAACACAUCUGUCCUGUUUAUUCUUUUGUCUGCUCCACAGUCAUGUGGACCCUCGCAGACCGGCCCCUCAGAAGAAAAGCGCCCCUAAGACAUCUGACCUUUGCAAGGGCUGCAAGUGAGUGCAAGCAACAUCACCAGGACUGCUUCUCCUGAAGUGAACUCAGUGUUUACAGCUCCAUCAAAUCAAGGAAUGUCAGUGUUAUACAGAGAUCACUUAACUCUGUGUGUGUGUGUGUGUGUGCACGCGUUUGUGUGUGUGUGUGUGUGUGUGUGUGUGCGUGCGUGCGUGCGUGCGUGUGCGUGCGUGCUACAGGGAGGUUAUUGAAAAAGUGAUGCAGCGUUACUCUCAACCCUGGAAGAAGCAGGAGGACAAUUACCAAAAGUCCAGGUAAAAUAAAACAUCCCAUCUCCAGUUACAUGUUGUUACACUCAUAAAAGCUACCACAGUUAAAACACAUAGCUGUCUAAUGAGAUCACUUCAUGUUGUUGAAUGUUUGAACAGUUUGAAAUCGGAAUUAUAUAAUAAUACUAUUUUAAUCGUAUCUAGUGUUUGCUACUGUGCCACUACUAAAGUAUCUAAACUUUUAGCAUUUGGCAGCCCGGCAGCAUUCAGCUGGUGCCCUUUUGUUUCUUAGACAGCCUGAGUCUGCCAGAGUAGAUAAACAAACUUGAAAGCAGCUGUGCCCAUUUGCUUUGUGAUGUAAUUAAAAGAGGGAUACCCAGUCUUCACAAAUGUACGUCCUGAGUCAAAAAAGGAGAAACAAAACUCCUCCACAAAAUGAGACCAAAUCACUUCCUGAAAAAAGAAAGGAGCUGGAUUUACACGUUCUGAAAAGUCCUGUUUUAGUUAUUAUAGACUGGUUAGACGUGUUCUAGACCAACUAAAGGGCUGCUUCAGAGAAGCUAAAGUAAACAAUCACACAGCCAAGGUUAAGUUUGUAUCUCAGCAGUCUGAAUGACUGAAUAAGACUCUUCCUUCCUACAUGUUUGACUUAAGGACAAGCUCAGAAAUCAUGAGUCAGAAUGCCCUUGCCUGACUGUCACAAAUAGCUGAAACUGAUUGAGUCAUCCUAUUAGGUCUGCCCUUGAAAUAUGGAUGCAAUGCAUGACCCUAGACUGUGUAAGCAUGAAAUAUUUCCACACAUUUACAAUGAAAAUCUACAUCGGAUUUCUCUUAACAUAAAUAGGAAGUAGAACAGCUAAAUAGGAAGGAGAAGUGGAAAUAAGGAGAUGCAUUAGAUUAGAGGAACUCAAUGCAAAAGUUUACCACACACUCUAAAUAUAGCACACACUGAAGUCCCAUGAGUCCCUGUAACAUAAAGGGUUCUCACCCGAAAAACCCAAGACUGCUUCAGCUCCCUUGGGUCAGUUUUUGGAGUCAGUAUGUCUGCAACAGAAGAAGACCCUUUUUAAGUAUAAGCUGUUAAAAUGUACCUGUUCAGUCAGCCCUCUUUUCUCUCCUGACACUUUUGUCUCUAUUUUUCCAAAGAUCUCAGCUGAACAGCAAAUGUCAUGGUUUUGAGAAGGCCAUCAUUACCCAGGCCAACACUCCAGUGGGAACCAAGCUGGUCUAUGAUGGAGAAAAGAGGAGGAGCCUCCAGGUGACACCAGAGAUUUCCAGCACUUUUACAAAGGUACUACAAUGCUUUUGACCACCAAGCUGGUACAAGGACCUAAUUCAAAUUCCUUUGAUGAUUGUUUUAUUAUUAUUAUUAUAUCUUUUGUUGUGAUUUUUUGAGGACCUUACAUGCUAAAAACUCAUGAAAGAGUGCAUGUGCCUCAGGUGUAAUGAAAAAUAAAAUUCAUAUUUUUUGGCAUUGAACAUUAGCAGAAAAUGUUGGCUCAAUGGGUUUUGAAAAUACAGCCCCUCCCAACUGUUUGAUGUACAAAGAUAUUGUUUGGUAAACAUAUCCAGGUUCCUAGGGCUAAAAAAUGUCUUUAAGUGUCAUGGUGAAUUGUCGACAGGAAGACAGGUAAUCUAACAAAAACUGGUAAAAUUUCCCUCUUUUUAAGCCAGGAAGUAGUUUUUUUCUCAGCAAAGCAUGCUUUAAUCGGAUCUAAACUCUCUAUGCAUAAUCAACGUCUAGACCUUAACACAAUUAUGAACAGAUAUUUUAUUCCAAUUAUAGCACCUCCUAGUAGAUUUCUGAAAAAUUGGUCACAGGGCUUAAGAGACAGGGACAUACAUAGUUAGAUAUCACUUCCUAUAGCAUCGUUACUAACCAGUUACAGAUACCUUCAUUUAAAGCCCUUGUGAGGAGUUUUUAGAUCGUUUGGCCAUUCUGAAUUCAAUAGCAAUGCAUCUCUUUGACCUGCAAAAGCAUUCAAAUCCAUCAGUAACAGGGCUGUGGCAGAGUGUGGCAGAGUGAUACAUCUGACAAAAAUUUUCCAGUAAAAUACUACUUACACAUGAACAGGAUAAAUUAAGAGUUGUGAUGCAUGGUACUGUAUUGCAUUGUGGUAUUGUGCGGUCCUACUGGCUGUAAAACAUUUUUCCCUUUGGUAUAAUAAUGUCCCUGAACCUUGAUUUUUGAUCGUUUUACACGCAUAUCAUUUCCAGGAGCAUCCUUUCCCAAAUAAAACAUGGGACACAUGUGCAGUGGUCGGGAACGGAGGGAUCCUGGCUAACAGUGGCUGUGGAGAGAUGAUUGACUCAGCUCAGUUUGUCAUCAGGUGGGAAAGGUGUUCAUGAAGCAUAGACUGAAAAACUGAUAACAGCAUCACUCAGAUCAUCACAGACCUUUUUCGUUGUUUGUUCAGAUGCAACCUACCUCCACUGAAAAAUGGCUUUGAGAAGCAUGUGGGGGUCAAGACCGACCUAGUCACAGCAAACCCGAGCAUCCUCUUAGAAAAGUGAGUAAGACAACAGAUUGUCCAGUAUUUUCAUAUUACAUUUUUCUGUUUUUAAUCACUUUGAAUCUGCUGCUGAUUUUCAGGUAUGGGGCUCUGAUGGGGCGUCGCCGUCCAUUUGUGGAGAGUCUACAGAUUUACGGCAACUCCUUACUGCUCCUUCCUGCUUUCUCUUACGGCCACAACACUCCUGUAUCUCUGCGGGCUGCAUACACAAUCGAGGACUUUGGUAGUCCCAUCAGGCCUGUCUUCUUUAACCCUGAAUACCUCCAGAAAUUGGCUGCCUUCUGGCGUGGACAAGGCCUGCGGGCCGUGCGGCUCAGCACUGGGAUAAUCAUGGCUAGCCUGGCACUAGAACUCUGCAGAGAUGUGCAUCUGUAUGGAUUCUGGCCCUUCAGUAGUCACCCUCAUGGACUCUAUGACCUGACAAACCACUACUAUGAUGACAGAAAAACAAAAACAAAAUUCCACGCCAUGCCGGCUGAGUUUGAACUCUUGUUGCGGCUGCACAGUCAAGGGGUGCUAAAGCUUCAUCUUGGAGACUGUAGACCUGGGAAAAAGUAA